AUGACUUCUGAUUUUUAUUUUUUCGAUCAAUUUUCACGUGCAUCACAUAUUCGUGACGUUUGUAGGACUAAAAGAGAUUCAAAAGAUUUAAAUCAAGCCCUACAUCAAGUUAAAUUAGCAUUAUCUAUCAUGGAUGAAAAUAUAGAACAAUCAGAAACUUCGAUGUCGAUUUCAAUUAAAAAGCAAACAAAUCAACCAAUCGGCGAAGCGCCUUCUGUACAAAUAACGCCACGUAAAUUAAAAAUACCGAUUAUACCUGAAAUUUUAAUCGAAGAAUUAGAUAGAACUAUGCAAAUUUUUGAUAAUAAAUCCGAUAUGAAUUCAUUAAUAUCUAGUACAUUCAAGUUUCAUCGAUCCUCAACUAUUUGUGGCGAACAAGAUAUCGAUCAUAAGAAUGAAUUCAUCAAUAGGAGAAAAGCCGUAUCUGAUAUAUCUUUACCAAAGUCAUUAGUGAUUCAAUUAAAUUCUACAUGGUCUGAUCUAAUUCGAACUGCAAAAUAUGAAUAUAAAGUGUGGCAUACAAAAGCUGCCAAAGAAGCAUGGCAUCAAUAUCUUCAACGAAAAUAUUCGCAGUCAAUCAAUGUUGAAAUGCAUCUAAAAACUACCGAUAAUAAAUCAAUGCUUCGUCGUCAAACAAGUUCAUGCGUAAGUCGUUCAACAUUAGCAAGUCUUUCUCAUCGAGAAUCAUUAAGAAGAAGUUCAAAAAUAAAUUUUAAUCAAUCUCUAUCAUGUACAUCGUUAAGUGCAAGUAAUAUUUCACAAGAUAAUCAACGUCUACUAAAAGCCAUUCAUCAAGAAAGCUCAGAUCAUGUAAUGAAAACCCUUAAAACUGGUAUUCAUGUUGAAUUUAAAUUAUCAACACAAACAGAUGAAACAAUAGAAAAAUCUAAUCUAGAUAAACAAAAUAUUGUUUUAUUCGAUAUAAGAAAACUAGACGAUAAUGAUCUUGACGAAAUGAUUGCUUUAACUCAAGAUAAAUGUAAACGCUUAUUAGCUGAAACAAAACAAAAAAUAAUCGCAACGACUAGCAAUCAGUUCAUGAAGCAUCUGAAAAAUUGUCGAAUUUGGUUUUAUGAAGAUAAUCGAAAUAUUCGAAAUAAAAAUCACAUUGUUAACGUGAAAGACUUUAAUCGACGACCAAAAUCAAAAUUUGUACUUGCGAUUUUACGAAAUGAAAUCCCAGAAAAGUACAAUAUUAAUAUAGAUAUAUCUGAAACAAAGCAUAAAUGUUAUAUUGAAUUAACAGAUGGUUCAAGUCAAAUAUACUAUCCGUCUGGUCGUUUAGCUGUCUUAUGUCUUCCAUCGUCAUCUUCUACUACAAUCUUUUUCAAUGAUACAAAAUCGAUAGAAAAUCAAUUUCUUGGUCUUGUUACACACGCUGGUAAUGUACUGUUAAUGCAACCAAAACUUCAUGCUCGUUUUAUUACUAAUAAUCAACAUGAAUUUGCUUAUCUAUGUGAUGUAAAAACUGGUAUCAUAGAAAAACAAAUUCGGUGGAAUUCAGCUGAUAACGAUGAUAUUAAUUCAGCAUUAUUUGGCGAUACAGUUCAAUUACAAUUAAAUUCAUUUAUGCAACUUGAAUAUCAAAACUCAUCAAAUAUACGUUUUUCAUUUAGAUGCCAAAAUGAAAAGUUUCACUAUCAAUUAGGUGUGCCAUUAUCCUCACAAACGUCGACAUCGCUAGAUUUAGGAUUAAUAUUUUCGUUGGAAAAAAAUUCUGAAGAAAAAACUCAUUCAACAAAAACAAAAAAAAUGGAUUCAAUAAUUUCAAAUAGUGCUUCAACUAUUUGCAAAAAAAAACCAAUGCACUCUCAACAAUUAUGCGAUGGAAAAUUCAAUUUUGAUCAAAUGCCAAUGAAACAAGAAUUGAUUACAUUGAGAAAACGAAUCAAACAUAUAUGUCACAAUUGGCUUAAACUAUAUCGAAUAAUAUUAGGUAUUACGGAUACUAAAACUGAUCUUUUAUCUGAUUCACAAGCAGAAUCAUCAUCAGAACGAAUCUCAACCGAAACACAGCAAGCAAUCGACAAUGUGAACCAUAGCAAAAGUGUCAACCAGCUGGAAAAUAUUCGAAUAUUACCAAAACAGACUGUAAUCAAUAAAAAAUUAUUCAAUCAAUUAACGCACAAUAGAGUCUACAAAUAG